AUGGUACACUCGGCAGGACAUAGUAACGCGUUCACUCUGGAGUUCAAUCAAAUACACGAAGGUGGAGCCAUGUACAUAUCAUGUGGGAGUACGGAUAGCACUCCCAUGGAGCCGGAAACGGGCUAUGUGCCGAACAAUCCCCUCUUCGGGAUGCCACUCGACAGUCCGCAGGAAUGCCCAUCGUCCUGCGGUGGUAGUGGCUGUUCCAGCUGUCAGGAGAACGCAGCAUCAUUGCCCCUUGCGGGACUGCACGGAUCGGAUUUCAGCGACUGCGGAAACUGUCUCGACCACAGCGGUGUACUGAGCUCGCAAAGCAAUCUUGGCAGCUACUGGAGCGAGGACAUGAGCACAUUUCCCGGCCUGCCUCCAUUGGACAUCGAUCCGCUACCGAGUUUGUUUCCCUUUUCUCCUUGCGGUGCUUCGUACAAUAGACCAGAGCGGCCAACGCACGACGUGGCGGAUGUGUUGCUGUCACUGAAACACGCCGUGUUAAAGCAAAGCCCGGACCCGCCACCCAUCGGACAGGGGCAGAACUUUGCUACCCCGCAAGCAUCGCUCUCGUACACCGUCCACCCGCAAAUGUUGCUCUCGCCCGCCGGUCACCAUGGGCACGGCUCGCACGCGCACUACAACCAGAUGCAGGCGCAAACGGGCGGCCCGUACAGCACCAACUACUAUGACUCGUCCUGCGCACAACAUUCGGCUCCACCGCUCUAUCCCAGCAUGAGCGUCAACGUUAGCAUGAACAUGACGAUGCACGGGUACGGUGCGGAAGCGUCCGUCCCCAUGCAGUGCUCCCAGAUGCAGUGGGGAGCUCAAAACGCAGCCUCGUCGGUAAAUGUGCUCUACCCGCCGCUGCUCAGUCCGGUACCGUACCCUCCCGGGACGACAUACUCCUUCACGGCGGACUUCCGGCCCCAAAGCCAACCGCCAGCACCGCCUACCUCCAGCGGCUCCAUAUCCCCGCCGCCCGCACUACACGACUCGUCACGCAGCUCGUCUACGCUGACGCCCCACAAACAGCCACUCCCGCAAGCGCCGCAACACUUGCAACUGCAUCAGCAGCACCAGCACCAGCACCAGCACCAGCAGCAGCAGCAGCAGCAACAUUUUCAACAGCAGCAGCAACAGCUCCAACAGCAACAGUAUUAUCAACAUGCACACCAUCCCCAUCAUCAUCCCCACCAUCACCACCACCAUUCGCAGUCGGGGGGUUCGGCUGCGGUGUCGCCGAAUGACUGCACACCACCAAAGAGUGCGACCCCGCCGGAUUUUAGCAGCGCCGUUGAGCAGUCCACACCACCGACGACGGCCCCAUCGGCCGCCGCCGUUGCUGCGGCGGCGGCUUCCGUCGGUUUUGCGGCCGCCCUGAAGAUGAAGGCCGAAAGCCGGGCUUCGCUCGGGCUCGGGUUUGUGGACGCCGCCGACCAGCGCACUACGGAGGGCGGUGAAGAUGAGGAGGAGGAGGAUGGUAGCGGUAGUGGGAGCGAUGGUGCGGCCGGAGGUGACAACAAGCCCAACCUCUGCCGACUGUGCGGGAAGACGUACGCUCGGCCGAGCACGCUGAAGACGCACCUCCGGACACACUCGGGCGAGCGGCCAUAUCGCUGUCCGGAUUGCAACAAGAGCUUCUCGCAGGCGGCCAACCUGACCGCACACGUCCGCACGCACACGGGCCAAAAGCCGUUCCGGUGUCCCAUUUGUGAUAGGCGCUUCUCGCAAAGCUCCAGUGUUACGACGCACAUGCGAACGCACUCCGGCGAACGGCCGUACCGGUGCCGGGCGUGCAAGAAGGCAUUUUCCGACAGUUCCACACUGACGAAGCAUCUGCGGAUACACAGUGGCGAAAAACCGUAUCAGUGCAAACUGUGUCUCUUGAGAUUUUCGCAGUCUGGUAAUCUGAAUCGCCACAUGCGCGUUCAUGGCAAUAACGGACAAGCGCUGAUUGCUUGA